CUCAGAUUUGGGGAUACACGUUUGCUUUUUGUAAGGCGAAGUUCUUGGAGGAGCGUGCUGCUGCUAGUACAACUGGCAAUGAUGUUACUAGGCGCAGGAGGACCGAUUUCAAACCGCAAUCUGUGUAUGCCAAUGACUGUCUCCGUGACAAUCUAAAGAAAAUCUUAGACCGUGUCUAUCAGGAAGAAAAACGUGGUGAUCGGGAUGAAAGGGUUGUUCAUCAGGAUCAUGCUAGAAGUGGUCUGAGUCCUAAUGCUGCUGGAGCUGCUGGAGUAGCGGACGGAGUAGAGACCCGCCCGAUCCUCCCUAUGAGUCAAUUUGAGCUCGCCCUAUACGAGAAAACGUUGGAAAGUAUGACCCAUGGCGUGAACGAGUGGACAGUGCAUGCAGAAACUGGUGUUCAAGGGGUCGACCAGGAAACUCAGAGUGCUAGGUUUUUUCCAAUUGAAAGGUUCAUAGGGGAUAGGGCGAAUAAUGAGUGGCUGCGCCAAUAUGCGUAUGGACC